GAGCCUACUGUCAUCUGAGGGAGCCUCACUUGAGGGCAUGCCCACAUCAAAAUGGCUGGAUGCUGUAUUAGUGAGAGAUUAUGUUCAGUGAUGAUUGAUGUGAGAAGGUUCUUCCACAGAGGGUAGCAGUAUCCCUAAGCAACUGUGCUUGGGCUGGUAAAGAAAGCUGGCUGAGUAUGAUACAGUGACUAGGCAAGAGGACAAGCUAAGAAACAAUAUUUUGGCCAUGGGAUUUGCCUUAUUUUCUUGAAGCUUGAGUUUCUAUCCUAAGCUCCCAAAAAUGAUGGUUUGUGAUCUGACAGGACCAAACAAGUGAACCGGUCAUUACCUGAGAUGCUUUUGGUUAGAGGAUUGAAUCAAAGCAGCAGAGUAGCAAGUUAAAACAACAACAACAAAAAAAUAAUAUUGUUGCUAAACAGAACCUGGAAAUGUUCUCUUUUGGAGGAAUGUGGGAAAUAUCAGGACUUGAGAUGGCCAACAGCAUAGAAAGUUAUACUCAGAGCUUAAUCAGCUGUUCUUGUAGCACCCGAAGAUCAGAGCAUUGCUAGUAAUGAAGACAGAAGUUGAGGUCAUAGGAUAUCAGUGGAAAAUAGACUCCAUGAAAAGUUUAGCUAGAGGUAAUUUGUGUUGUUUAUUUACCCAAAAUCUUUCUUAUUCUGCCCAUGCCCCGAGAAAUUGAGUAAGGCAGAAUUUAAAAAAUAAUUGGCUGUAUUCUUAGAUGGAAUAUUGAAUCUGUUAGAUGAUUAUUGCUAGUAACUCAUUCAAGACAACGGUGGAAAAAAGCAAUACAUGGGGCAGAAAUAAAUGCAAAGUCUGUGGCUUAUAGAGAAAACAGCACGGGGGAAGUUUCAGAUAGCUGUCAAAUGCUGAAACAGAAUCAUGACUUUUCAAAGAGAUUAUUUACUACCACUAAAGAGAAGGUCCUAGCCCCUUCCUUCUUCCUCAGCACUACCUGCGAGGUACCUGUUAUCUGUUUUGUAGCAUCAUGGCUGCUCUUCACCCUCAGGUGAAGCAUAAGAUUAUCAGAGGACCAAGAACUUCAUCAGGCACCAGUCACACCGAUAUGUCAAAAUUAGACAAACUCAGAGGUAUUGACAACAGUGUGAAGAAGAUUCAAGGGGCAGGCCCUUAUGCCCAACACUGGAUAUGGGAGCAAGAAGAAAACCAGUCACAUGCUGUUGAGCAGCUUCCAGAAAUUUUUGGUCUACGAUCUCAAGGAGCUGGAGUGCUGUUGGUGUUCAACAAAUCUUACUAAGCUGAGAUCACUCACAAUGUUUGUUUUAAGAACUGAAAAGCCAUUGUAGAAAGAGCAGCACAGCUGGUAAUAAGAGUGACCAAUCCCAACACCAGGCAAAGAAAAUGAAUCAAUGACUUGUAUGCACGGUUUUUGUGUUAAAAUAAAACCACAAAAACUGAAAGAAAAGAAGACAGAGAGAGAGAAGGGGUGGGGGAAGGAAUUAGUCAGGAUUGAAAGCCUAAGAAGGGGCUCUAAGGGAAACACUCCCUCCUCCUAAGCCUUCAAUGAAUGGAAGGAGUAGGCAAAGUGAUUCCUAGACUCAGGAAGGAACUUCAUAUAAAACUUGCUACAGCUGUGGUCCAAGCUUAGCAAGGUCCAUCCCAAUUUAGAGUCCAAACUUGAUAGGGUCACCCAAGUUCCGGAAAUAGGGAAGAUGCAAAGUUUAAGGUCAUGGAUUCUUCCUCUGUGGUUUCAUUUCAGCACUGUUACAGCCAUCCGAGUUUGGCAGAGUCAGAGCCCCAGUGAGGAUGUAGUGACCUAUGAUGAUGUGCAUGUGAACUUGACUCAAGAAGAAUGGGAUUUGCUGGAUCCUUCACAGAAGAGUCUUUACAAAGAUGUGAUGUUGGAGACCUACAAGAACCUCACUGCUAUAGGAUACAAUUGGGGAUACCAUAAUAUUGAAGAACAUUGUCACAGUUCUAGAAGACGUGGAAGGCAUGAAAGAAGUUGUAUUGGAGAGAAACCCUCUGAAGGUACUCAAUAUGAUGAAGCCUUUGUAUAUCACCAUAAUCUCCAAAUACAUAAAAGACAUACUAGAGAGAAACCCUACAAAUGCAAUCGAUGUGAUAAAGCCUAUUCACAACAUAGUCAUCUCCAAAGACAUAAAAGAACACACACUGGAGAGAAACCUUAUGAAUGUAAGCAGUGUGGUAAAGCCUUUGCAUACCAUUCUGAACUUCAGAAUCAUGAAAGAAUUCAUACUGGAGAGAAACCCUACAAAUGUAAUCAGUGUGGGAAAGCCUUUGCACAUCAUUGUAAUCUUCGAGUGCAUAAAAUAAUACAUACUGGAGAGAAGCCCUACAAGUGCAAUCAAUGUGAUAAAGCCUAUUCACAACACUGUAAUCUCCAAAUACAUAGAAGUACACAUACUGGAGAGAAAUCGUAUAAAUGUAAUCAGUGUGGUAAAGCCUUUGUAUAUUAUGGUCAUCUUCAAAGACAUAAGACAACACAUACUGGAGAGAAACCCUACAAAUGUAAUCUAUGUGGUAAAGCCUUUGCAUCUCAUCGUUAUCUCCAAGUACAUAAAAGAACACAUACUGGAGAGAAACCCCAUGAAUGUAAUCAGUGUGGUAAAGCCUUUGUUUAUCAUGAUCAUCUUCAAAUCCAUAAAAGAACACAUACUGGAGAGAAACCCUAUGAAUGUAAACAGUGUGGUAAAACCUUUGCAGCUCAUCGUUAUCUCCAAGUACAUAAAAGAACACAUACUGGAGAGAAACCCUAUGAAUGUAAUCAAUGUGGUAAAGCCUUUGCAUCUCAUAGUUAUCUCCAAGUACAUAAAAGAAUACAUACUGGAGAGAAACCUUAUGAAUGUAAUCAAUGUGGUAAAGCUUUUGCAUAUCCUGGUUAUCUCCAAGUACAUAAAAGAACACAUACUGGAGAAAAACCCUAUGAAUGCAGUCAAUGUGGUAAAGCCUUUGCAGGUCAGAAUGUUCUUAAAAGACAUGAAAGAAUUCACACUGGAGAGAAACCUUACAAAUGUAAUGAAUGUGGUAAAGCCUUUGUGUGUAGCACUAGUCUCCAAAUACAUAAAGCAACACAUACUGGAGUGAAGCCUUAUGAAUGUAAGCAAUGUAGUAAAUCCUUUGCCUCUCAUGGCCAACUUCAAAGUCAUGAAAUAAUUCAUACUGGAGAGAAACCCUACAAAUGUAAUGGAUGUGAUAAAGCCUAUUCACGACACAGUCAUCUCCAAAGACAUAAAAGAACACAUAAUGAAUGUAACCAAUGUGAUAGAGCCUUUACAGGUCACAGUGAUCUUCAAAGGUUUGGUGGUUUGAAUAUGCUUGGCCCAUGGCAAGUGACACUAUUAGGAGCUGUGGCCUUUAUUGAGGAAGUGUGGCAGUGGGCUUUGAGAUCCUGUGCUUAAGCUCCACCCAGGGCAGAAGAGUCUUCUGGCUGCCUUCUGAUCAUGAUGUAGAAGUCUCAGCUUCUCCAGCACCAUGUCUGUUUGGACACUGCUAUUCUUUCUACCUUGGUGAUAAUAGACUGAACCUCUGAAUCUGUACAGGACCUCCAAAUAAAUGUUGUCCUUUAUAAGAA